AUGGGGAACCAAAAGAAACCGAUGCGUAUGCCGAUUCUGCACCUCCCUAUGGAGGUCAUCCGCGAGAUUCUUUCAUGGCUGCCGGUGAAGUCUGUAUGCCGAUUCAGGUGUGUAUCCAAGUCCUGGAAGUCUCUAAUUUUAGACCCCCAAUUCGUGAAAUUGCACUCUGACAAAGCCCUUGAGCAUGAGGAUGUGUUCUACCAGAGACGCAGAGUCAUGAUUAAAGAUGAUUCUUGUCACUGCCUCUUCUCUCUCGACCUCGAUGAGGUUCUUGAUCAAAAUGAUAUUGAUAAUCUUGGUGAUAAUCAUGAUUUACUAGUCAAGUUCAGGGCAUUGAGAUCUAAAGAUCUUAGCGGUGAUGAUUAUUAUCAUGGCGAUGACGAUGUAGAUGACAAUGAAGAUCUCUAUCCAAGGUGUUGUAUUUUUUCUAGGGUGGUGCUUUGCUGCGAGGGCAUGUUGUUGUUGCUAGGGUUAUCUAGGUUGUUUGGGAAUGUCUGUUUGUUAAACCCGGCAACGAGGGAAUCAAAGGUAUUACCUGACCCACCGGAAAUGUUUACUCCGGAGACAGGAGAUUAUUAUUAUUGCGUAUCUGGGUUUGCAUUUGAUCGGUGCACCCAAGAUUACAAGGUUGUUAAAGGGGACUGCUGCGAAGGGGAGCUUAAGUUUUGUGUUUACUCAUUGAGAAACAAUUCUUGGCUAGUCAUUGAGAGGCAACAUCACUACGAAGGUUUCCAAUCUGGUCAGGAGGGGAAAGUGCUGAAUGGAGGUAUUCAUUGGGUGGUCCAGAGAAAUUUUGAGCCGGAGUCAUCCAUGGUUAUCUUGUGUUUUCUUUUAUCAGAGGAGGAGGUUCGAGAGAUUCCGCUGCCAACUGAUUUCGAUAUUGUAAAUAAUGAAGAAGUUAACUUGAGCGUCGUGGGAGAAUGCCUAUGUAUGAUACCUAAGUUUCUGGAAGAAUGGCUAUGA